AUGGAUGCGCCAAAGUUUGACCAGUCCACCUUCUAUGGGCGGCUGAUGGGUAUGUAUGAUUACAUCGACCCACGGACACUCCUCCUGACCAGCGAAGAUCUCAAGAAAUCACAGGAGCUCCUGCAGAAGUACAAGGACACAGGGAAGAAGCCAGCAGGCGUGUCCGAUGCCGAGAUGUGGCAAGCGCGGAAGAAUGUAGAAGUCAGCAUUCAUCCGGUCACAGGCGAGGAGCUCCUAAAGGUGGGGCGCAUGUCUGCCUUCGUUCCCAUGAACGUGCCUCUCUGCGCUUUCAUGCUUAUGGCAUCGUCAACUCCGCAAGUGCUUGCGGCGCAGUGGUUGAACCAGACGUACAACGCACUCAACAACUAUGUCAACAGAUCAGGUGCAACCGUGGAGUGGGCAGCCCUGCUUCAGAGCUAUGGCCUAGCAGUGACCGCCUCCUGCUCAAUCGCUUUGGGUGCAGGACGCCUCCUGAAGGCAGUGCCAUCUCUGCAGGUGAUGGGCCCUUUUGUGCCUUAUUUGGCCGUGAUUUCAGCUGGCACAGCGAAUGUGUCCUUCACUCGAUUAGAAGAGUGGAACGGCAAGGGAGUCGCCAUUGUGGAUGAUGAGGGCAAGGAGCUAGGAAUGUCUCGAGCUGCUGGUCAGAUGGGAGUCCUGCAGACCGUGCUGUCGAGAAGCUGCUUUCUGCCAAUUGCUCCAAUGGUGAUGCCCAUUGUUGGCAUGAAAGCAAUUGGAGCCGUGGCGCCGGUGCUGACUGCCGGUGUUUUGGGCGUGGUCACUGAAAUUGUGUUGAUCACGGGCUGUAUCUCCGGAAUGCUGCCAGUGGCCCUGGCGCUUCUUCCGCAGAAGAUGGAGAUUGCAGUUAGCAAGCUGGAACCUGAAUUCCAGAAUCUCAAGGAUUCCAAAGGGCAGCCCAUCACAAGG